GAAACAGGUUCAUGCACCUUUCCAUGUUUCUGAAUCUCAAUCUAUAUCCUCGAAGAACAAAACCACCUAAUUACUUUUUCUUUUAUUUAAUUUUUUUUGGGCAAUUUGUUGGGUGAUGAAGAAAAUAAAAGGGGGUAGCUCUUUGUUUGGUAGGUGGUUUUUGCACCAUCAAAAGCAGAAAAAAGGUUAAUAUCAGCAUCCAUUGCAAAAAAAGAGGAUUUUUUUUUAGCUGUUCUUCCAAACACGCCUCUCUGCUUGGGAUCCUGUACUGGAAUGUGCAUGUGGGAAUGCUGAUCAACAUCCGGAUAGAUGGAAUAUGUCUGAAAUCAAUAUUUGAUAUGUUAUACAUCUCAAAACAUCUAAGAAAGCCUUAUGAUACCUGCAACACUUUCUGGAAUGGGUUUAGAAGCAGGUAGCAUUGAUGAAACUGUAAAGAUGCUAGAUGAGCUGUGGCCUCUUAAUGAUAUCGAUCUAGAGAAGUCAAAGUUCCCAUGUUGUUUAGUUUGGACUCCACUUCCAGUUGUUUCAUGGUUGGCACCUUUUAUCGGACAUGUUGGCAUAUGCCGGGAGGAUGGUUCUAUUCUAGACUUUUCUGGGUCUAAUCUUGUAAAUGUUGACAAUUUCGCAUUUGGUGCAGUGGCCCGGUACUACCAACUUGACAGAAGACAGUGCUGCCUUCCGCCAAAUCUAUCAAGGCACAUAUGCGAACAGCGAUAUAUACAUCACGAGUUUGGGACUGCUAUAUCUUGGGAUGAUGCCCUAGGAUUAAGUAUGCGUCACUAUGAGAACAAAUCAUACAAUCUCUUCACGUGCAAUUGUCACUCUUUUGGGGCCAACUGUCUGAACCGCCUUUGCUAUGGCGGGUCAAUGAGCUGGAACAUGAUUAACAUUGCAGCAUUGGUACUAUACAAGGGACAAUGGGUUGACGGCAUGUCGGUUUUGAGAUCCUUUCUGCCUUUUGUAGCAGUACUGUGCCUUGGCAUCUACAUGGUUGGUUGGCCCUUCUUGGUUGCCCUGCUAUCAUUUUCUCUCCUGCUUCUUACAUGGUUUGUGGUAGGAACCUAUUUUGUCAAGGACAUACUAGACUGUUAAGUGUUAGGUGCAUGGGUAUUUGGUAAUAAGAUUGCAAACUUUUGUUUGCAUAGAACUGGCAAACAUUUUGGAAGGCUACAUUUUAUAAAUUCUUUGAUUUUUGUACAUGAAUUGUGCCUAAAACAAACUAAGACCAAUCAAGAUUGGAAAUUGUAAUAUCAUCAUGUGUUUUUACUCA